CUUCCGCAUUGCGAGUUGACACACUAAACCCUUUCAAAAGUCAUGCUCUUGUGACUCAUUUCAACAAUCACUCAAUUCAAUAUAAUAUUCUCGUGACUGCCAGUAACACAUAUACAUUCGAUAUAUUGCAAAGUUAAGAUCCAUCAUUAUGUUUAGUUCAAAGCCAAACUAUGAGAAACUCAAGACCAAUCUGCGCCUGGCUAUCCAGAGGUUGCGUCUAUUGGAAAAAAAGAAAACGGAAUUGACCCAAAAGUCACGAAAGGAGAUAGCAGAUUACAUUUCUGCAGGAAAGGAAGACCGAGCAAGAAUCAGGGUUGAGCACAUUGUCCGAGAGGAUUACUUAGUGGAAGCGCUCGAGAUAAUCGAAUCGUAUUGCGAUUUCUUGCUGGCAAGAUUUGGUUUGAUCAAAAGCAUGGCUCGCGUUGACGAGGACCUGGACAAACCGAUUGCAAGUGUGAUUUGGUCGACACUGCGAGUCUGUGGUGACGUCCCAGAGUUACGGGAAAUCAUGAAACAGUUCAGUCACAAGUAUGGCAAAGAAUAUGUGGAGAUGUGUAAGCACAGUGACUGUGAGGCUGUAGAUGAAAAGCUAAAACACAAGUUGAGUCUGCAUCAACCCCCAAAGAAACUGCUGGAAAGUUAUAUGGUUGAGAUUGCAAGGUCAUACAAUGUACCAUUUGAACCUGACCCAGCAGUGAUGAUGGGAGAUGACAUACCAACAGUUGGCCAAGACUUAAUAGACCUUGGCAUGGCGGGAGGUCAAGAUAAGAAAUACCCGCCUCCUGGUGGGCCAGGACCAGGUAACGGCGGGGGACACUUUCCUGUUGCCACAGCCCACCAGCCGAUGGGCCCUAUUGCGCCAUAUCCACCCAGCCAGCCGCAUGUGCCCUACCCACACCAGGAUGCUGGGUACCCUCCGUCACAGCCCUCAUGUCCCCCACAAAACCAGAAUUCUGCCUACCCUCCAGCGGCUGCUAGUUAUGACCCACAAGGUGGUCCGCCGUCGAGUGGCACUCCACCACCUUUGCCAUGUGUUGGCCCUGUAGUGCAUGGACCCUCAGGUUCAGAAUCAAAUACUGAGCCGGCAUUUAAACCCCUUCCACAACUGCCUUCCUAUAGCACUGUGAUGAAUAGACAUCCGUCACCGCCACCAGCAUAUAACGGUGGUGAAAACUCCACACUCCCGAUGCCCCCACCAGGGCCACCGAAGGUUGACAGCACAUUGCCUGAUUUACCCUCCGUCCCGCUGAAUGACCUCAAUACGCCCGCAAACAGUUUCGGAACAAGUGCAGGAGGAGAAGAUGUGGAUUUUGAUGAUUUGACGCGAAGAUUUGAGGAACUGAAAAAACGGAAAUAGACUUAAUUUUAGACAUUUGUUCAUUGGAGGGGAAGCGAUAGCAGAGGGGAAGCUAGGAUAUCCAGAAAUGGAGAGGCAGCUUGAUUUUUCAUCGUGGUGUUACACCCCUCAGAACAAGUGUCCCAGAAUGACACCUUUGUGUCUGAGCUUGCUUGUCUUGUGCUCACCCUGAAUCACUCUGGACACUUUUUCUGUGCAGUGUUCAUGUUGGAUAUGGGUGACUUAUGAUGUACUUGUAUUAGCCCGUCGGGAUCCAUCAUCCACAUAGGAUUAUAUAUAUUGUAUAUAAAUUGUUAAUCUCUCUAAAUAAAUUAAUGGUAAUGUUUAAAGUUGCUGCGAUUACAAGGCAGCAGAUUUUAAAACUGCAAUAUUUCAGUGGCAGAGAAUUGCUGUGGAAAUAGUGUAAAAAGUCUGUAAACUCGUGAAUGAUAAUGGAAAGAUUCUUCGUUUACGAUGCAGUUUUUGAUUUUUGGCCCUGCAUGGACUCUCCAUGUACAUGUAUGUGUACAUGUAUGUUACCUAGUGCACAUGUAUUUUGGUCUCUUCCUCAGAGCUGUGAUCAAUGGUGCACUCUAUGAAAUGUCACUGAAUAAACUCUUGAGAUAAAUAUCA